UAGAAACAGAUAGCCUUAUAUUCAGUUGCAACUAUUUCAGCACGAGAUCAGUAUAGUAAGAAAGCUUUCUUGACUACAUAAUCAUGUCGAGCAGUGUUGCAGGAAGUGCUGCCGUCACAAUGCUUGAUAUACAACAAAACCGAUCAAAUAUCAGUCUAUCGAGCGGCAACCCUCAUCGGUUCGCAUCUGUCGCCAGUUUUGAAAUAAUACAUCGCUCUACAAUGCCUAACAAUAAUGAUACUGAACCACAUCUUGGACACGACAGUCAGAAAGUGGUCAUUAAUGUCAGAGGAACUAUUUUUGAGACAUACGAGACGACAUUGUUAAAGUAUCCUGAUACACUGCUUGGUAGUUCAGAUAAAAGAGCACCGUAUUAUAACACAAGAAAGAAACAAUAUUGUUUCAAAUGUGACAGAGAAGCGUUUGAUGCAAUUCUUUAUUACUACCAAUCGUCAGGGAAACUUAUUAGGCCAAAAGAUGUGAACGAGGACAUAUUUUUAGCGGAGUUGGAAUUUUUCCAAAUUGACCCUUAUAAUGUGGCAGAUCUUGAGUACGGUCCAUCUAACUUUAGAAUACCAAAGAAGAGGCAGGGAAACCAAGAAGAAGAAAUCCUGGAGUCGGGUUAUGGAAAAAUUUCUACGUUUUAUGAUGCAUUUUUAUCUUGGCCAUGCGGGCUCAUUGUAAUACUGUACAUGUUAACAUUAUGUCUAUCAAGUGCUGGUCAGUAUCAGAUGAUGUUACCCCGGUCUUGUAGUGACGUAUUCACAAACAACACAAGUUUACAAUCCAAGAGGAAAACAACGCAGUUAUUAGAUGCAAACGAUCAUCCUCUUGUGGUCUUACACUAUAUCUGCAGUGUAUGGUUUCUGCUUGAGUUUAUUUUACGAUUUCUAAUAUCCGAGUUGAAAGUGAAAUACAUAAGAAGCGUUUUGGGAUUUAUUGACAUUAUAACAAUUCUGUCAAUGUUCUCACAAAUAUUGCUACGCCAGUUUGAUGCUUGCCAAUUGAGAUUCCUGAUGUGGUUAAUAAAUGUCAUGAGAACAUUAUCAAUUCUCUGUAUGUUUAAACUAUCCAGAUAUUCAACAGGGUUACGAUUAUUCGGGCUGACGGUCAAAGCAUGCUCAGGACAGCUUAUCUUAUCGUUUUAUUGCGUUGGAAUAUGUUUACUAUUUUUUUCCUCGGUUAUUUACUACAGCGAAGAAUCUGUCAAUCUUGACUUCACAAGUAUUCUCGAUGCAUUCUGGUAUACUAUAGUCACCUUGACAACUGUCGGGUAUGGCGAUAUCACCCCAGUCUCCCUAAUUGGUAAAACAUUUGGUGCAAUCUGCUCGGUAUUUGGGGUUACCAUAGUAAUGGCAUGGCCAGCCACUAUAUUUGUAUCACAUUUUAAAGAAAUGUAUAAUCAUGAGAUGGGACAAAAAAGAAAGAAAGAAAGAAAGUUUUGGUCGAAUAAAAUAUUCAAGUUUCGAAAAGGACUAAUGAGAUUGGACGCAACAGGAUGUACAUUCAGAAAAUGAUCUCUAGCGAAGGACGCCAUAGUUUGUCUUUAUAACAUUCUGCUAUUUGGGGUGGAGAUUAAAAGCCAGCAAUCAUUAAUUACAACUGCCGGUUAUUAAAAUUUAAAAGAAAGAUUCUUGCCACUGCAAAUUCUUGCCGUAGUAUUAAAACAGCCUAUAUAAUAUAUUAUUUAGCUAUAUUGGCAUAAUCAUAAUGCGUAUAGUAGACUGUAUUCACUAAUUUUAAUUAAAUUACUUUAAAAAGUUUGUUGGAAUAAAAAUUCACGGUAAUCGAAACAUUACAAUAGUUUUAACGAUUACGUCUCUUCUCCAUGAUUUAUAGAGUCUUAGAAUCGCGGGAGAAAUGCACGAAGUCGCGC